AUGGAUUAUAACGGUACGUUCUUACUAGGUUUUUCAAAUGAUGAAAUGAUUCCUACGGUCAACAUGAGUACAUCUUAUUAUGGUUUUACAAAAAGGGAACACGAUGAUUUGGAUCCAACACCAUUAUCAUCAUUACCUUCAUCCGAUAUGACAUCCACAAUAAAAACAACGAAAAAAGUAAAUCAUGGUGGCAGGAAAAGAACCAUCAUUUUCGAAGAGGCUGAUGCGGAGAACCAAAGAAAAAACUUUUUAAAACGAAAUCGAAUCGCAGCUUUAAAAUGUAGAGAAAAGAAAAAAAAAUGGAUACAAGAUCUUGAAACAAACUAUGAAAUGCUAUCAACACAGAAUCAACAUUUGCGAUCAAUGAUCACAGUAUAUCAGAAAGAAAUCAAUACUUUGAAAUCGAAUCUAUUGUUUUGUAAUGGUCAAAGUUCAUAUAUGCAAAGCUAUGCCCAGCAUAAUCAUCAUCAUCCGAUAAUGAAUCCUAUCAAGACGGAAGAUCAAACGGAUACCAUACUAUCGUUACAAACUUCGAUACCUUUGUCAAAUUCAUACAUCACUAUACCUGCAACAACAACAAAAUCACCAGCAUCAUCACUAUCAUCCUCUCCAUCACCAUCACUAAUCAAUGAUAACAGUAUUAUUAGUACAACCUUUUCCUCUUUUCCUGCUUACCUUCAUGAUUAA